CUCAUUGCUGCCUCAAUGCUUGUCGAUGGGUGUGUGUCGUUGGGUGCCCUUGUGUGCGUGUCCGUCUGCGUCUGGGUCUUCCUGUCCAUGCUUUCGGGUCUGGUUCCGCCCGUGCCUGACUGUCCCUGUCCUGUGGUCUUGCAGCAUAAGCUCAAGUCUUCGCAGAGGGACAAGGUACGGCACUUCAUGUCCUUCACCCAGGCCGGGGAGAAGACGGCCGUGUACUGCCUCACCCAGAAUGACUGGAAGCUUGAAGUCGCCACUGAUAACUAUUUUCAGAACCCAGACUUGUACUGUAAGGAAUCCAUGAAGAGUUCUGUGGACCGGAAAAAGCUGGAGCAGCUCUACAAUCGCUAUAAAGAUCCCCAGGAUGAGAACAAGAUCGGUAUCGACGGAAUCCAGCUCUUUUGUGACGACCUGUCGCUAGACCCGGCCAGCAUCACGGUGCUGGUGGUCGCCUGGAAGUUCCGUGCCGCCACUCAGUGCGAGUUCUCAAAGAAGGAGUUUCUGGACGGAAUGACAGAGCUAGGGUGCGACAGUCCAGACAAACUCAGGGCUCUGCUGCCCAGGUUGGAGCAGGAGCUGAAGGACAGCAGCAAGUUCAAGGACUUCUACCAGUUCACCUUUAAUUUUGCCAAGAACCCUGGACAGAAGGGUUUAGAUUUGGAUAUGGCAGUGGCCUACUGGAACCUCGUUCUGUCGGGAAGGUUCAAGUUCCUUGAUCUUUGGAAUAAGUUCCUGUUGGAGCAUCAUAAAAGGUCCAUCCCGAAAGACACAUGGAACUUGUUGUUGGACUUCGGCAACAUGAUUGCAGACGACAUGUCCAACUAUGACGAGGAAGGAGCAUGGCCGGUCCUCAUAGACGACUUUGUGGAAUUUGCCCGGCCGAUCGUAACGGGAUCCAAACGCAAGACACACUAAACCCAUCUUCAAGUUCUGGGACUCCAGAAGCUUCUUUCUUUGACUGUGACUUCAUAGGUUUUUUUUAAGACUUGUACAGAUGAAAACUUGUAGAGAGAAGAGAAGCUCUUGAAGCUGUCUGGACAGAACUCUUCCAGGGAGCCAUGCGAGGAACUGGACCUUAAUCUGGCAUCUGAUUGGACAACGCCAGUCUCCCAGCAUCCCGAGGUCCCGGCGCUCUGUCCUGCUUGCCGCCUGCCAGUUUGGACGCUUUGGCGAAGGCAGCCGCUUGUACUCUCACAGCACGGAGAGGAGAAUGCGUUUUUUUGUUUUUUAGAUUUCUCCUAGUUGGUGAAGCUCUGAGUGACUGUGCAAGAGUUCCUGCAUCCCAUCGUGACCUGAGGAUGACGUGCUCGCAACACCAGCACCAAAAACUGUUGCAGUUUUUACUGUACAUACUGUAACUAUUUGCAGAGCUAUAAUGAAGAAUAAUAUAAAUAUGACUUUAUAAAGAUUCUUUUAUGUACAGCAGUCCUUACCGAGACGCCUCGAUAUCGUGGAUCAUGUUGGUUUUGUGGUGAGGUGGAUCUGUCACGUGAUGGAGUUGUGAGCUUCUCAUCGAAAGCAUGCCCAGCAUAUCUUUGUCACCUCAGGUGUGCGAACACCUCCGAUUUGUUUUGUUUUUGUUUUUGGUAAUUCAAUGCUUCAUACGCGGUACCUCUUCAGUCCGAAGGUAUCGCCGUGGGUCUUGUCCAAACGGAGUUAAAAAGCGACUUUGAGUUGAGUCACUUGGAAGACAUCACCAUCAGCAGCGUUUGCAGAGCGAGAGGUUGUUAUGUUGCAUGUCACAUGUCCAAGUCUCAGAAGGACCGGCGCUGAAAAGGCAGUGAGACGACAAAAAGAAGCCUUAAUGAUGAAACCGUGUCUGUCUGUCUGUGUGGCAGUUCAUCUGAAGGUCUGGAACGUGUAAGUAGCCUGAGCAUUGGUCCGUUUUAAGGAAGACGAAUAAAGCAUGAGAUUUUUCAGAAUGUACUCUGAUGUUCUGUCGUAGAUUUUUGAAAUUAAA